AUGGCUGCAGUCGAAGUAGCCAAAAGACUCGACGGGCUCCCACUUGCACUCUCAACCGCUGGCGCUUAUUUGUGUGAGGUCACGACGACCUGGACGAACUACCUCGAGCUUUACCAGGAAUCGUGGCUACGAUUACAGCAGGUGACCCCACAGCUUCCGGCAUACGAGUAUGCUAUGUACUCGACCUGGAACAUCUCAUUUACGCACAUUGAAAAACAACACUUCACGGCCGCCAAGCUUCUUACAUUAUGGGCAUAUUUCGAUAAGGACGAUCUAUGGCACGAGUUAUUACACCAAAGAAACCCUGCCAUCCCGGAAUGGCUGCAAGACGUUACUGAGGACCAAAUCACUUUUGAGCAGUCUAUGCGAGUGCUCUGCCAGCACGGAUUGCACGUACCUGACGAGACAGAAUCCGAGUUCUGGUGGGUGCAACGACGUCUGCUCCAACAUGCAGAUCAUAGUCUACGACUGGUUGAAAACAAGGAUAAUAUGGAGGAUGAAGCAUGGAGUUUUGGAAGUUUGGCCAUUCUCUACUCCGACCAAGGCCGCUUAGGCGAGGCAGAGGCCAUGUACCAACGGGCGCUCCAAGGGUACGAGAAAGCACUAGGAGAUAAUUCGGUGAAAACAUAUCCUCCUGCGUUGAAUACCCUAGAGAACAUGGGGGACCUAUUACGAGAGCAGGACAAGGGCGAAGCUGCGAGAAGAUACUAUACUCGUGCCGAGUAUUGUAUACAUCCGUCCAUGUGCGAUGACGAGUCCACUGCCUCAGAAACAAGCUCUCUCGACGUAACAUCAUGCAUCGACCUUGUCACGCCGGCUGCGAUAUCGUGGCGAUGCGGUGAUGAUAAAGCGGCCCUCCUGAAGCGAAUUAUUUUUACCAUCCGUCACGAUGUCUCAACCGUCUUAUUCCGACUGCGCGCCGAUGUCACAUUCAAGCCCAGCUCGCCCCCGAAGACGCACCUUUUUUUCUUUAAGCCUCCGGAGUCACUGCGAACUCUGAUACUCAACCAAUCUGCUAAUGAUGCAUAUGGUCCAACAAUAAAACAAUGGGAAGAAGCCACUCGAGAGCUGGGCUCUGCCCACUGCCUUCGAUUCGAGUUGGGCAGGGCCGGAAAAGCCAUUCAGAGUCACACCUUUCAUUGUAGGCAGGAUCGAGGGGUCGAAAUUCGAGAUCAUAGUCAGCCAGCGGACUCGCCUGCGAAAUCCUUGGAGAAGAAGUGA